AUGAAUAAUAUCAACAAUUCAUCCAACUUCACCAUCUCAAAUACAAAGCGAAACCUCCCGUUGUAUUUUUAUCGAAGUCAAGCAACAGUCAUUGCGCAGGUCACAUCUCUCGCCAUAUUUGGUAUCAUCACAUUGCUGGGCAACCUGGCUUCCAUUAUCACCUUCGCUAAGACCCAGUCUCUUCGCAGGCGCUCAAACUUCAUGAUUAUCAAUCUUUCUCUUGCUGAUUUAACAGUAUCCAUCAUUAUUUUCAUGGUGGCGUAUUUUUUCUCCCUUGAGCCGUUCACACAACCGCUAUCUUUUGUUUACGCUUUAAACACUGUUGAUUUAUUCACAGGUACAACGUCUCUGCUCGGUCUGACUGUUAUUUCAGUCGAGCGAUUUUAUGCCAUUGUGUUUCCUUUCAAACACAGGAUGCUGCGUUUUAAGCACUACCUCGUCAUGUGUCUUGCACCGUGGCUUUCUGCUGUAGUACUCGUUUUGACAUACGUCGGGUUAGAUUUUCCAGGAAUAGGCGAAAAACUAGAAUAUUACAACAGUGCUCGUAUUUCUUUUCUCUGCUUAUCACUCACGAUCAUGAUUGUCUCGUAUCUCGGUAUUUGGAUGAAGAGUCGUCACGCUAACCCAAGUGCGCAAAAUCAGAAUCGCACAUUACAUGACAAAAAGCUGUCACUCACGCUCUUCAUCGUCACGCUCGCAUCAUUGUCAACAUGGCUUCCUUACCAAUUGUAUUUCAUGUCUGUGAUUUUUGGUAAGGUUUCACUGCCUCAUUUUAAUUAUUUUUUCGCCAUGAAGUUUCUCCAGUACAUCAACUCGGCGAUAAAUUUCUUUAUCUAUAUUCUGCGCAUGCGUGAUUUUAGGUCAGGAUUUCGCGCCAUUUUCUGCGGUAAACGAGAGAGGAGCAAGCCACCCCAGUCAACUACAACCAGUAAUUUGAGCCUGAGUUUCACUAAGCAAAAAGCGUAUGCUGUUAACAAUGAAGGCACAGCAGCUGAGGGAGGCCUGGACGCGAGUAAUUUGCAACUACGAAAACUUACAACGAAGUUUUAGAACGAAG